AGCCUUUGAUCUUUUUCCACAAGCUAAUGGAGGGAAGCACUCAAAUAACAUUGGUUUUCACACCUGCUCUGCCCUGUUUCGUAAUUAAAAAGCAAGGCCUUUAGGCCCGUAGAAGAAACAGAGAGCAGAGACAGCAGAACAACAGACAAGAGGAAAAUGGAUUACCUAGGAAUCGAUUUUAGCUGCGCACUUGGAUCUAUCAAAAACGGCAAUUUCCCUCCGAAGGACUGUUUGCUUCCUCUCAUCUCCAAGCUCCUCGGCUACGCCAUCGUCGCCGCUUCCACCACCGUCAAACUCCCUCAGAUAUUAAAAAUUUUGAAACAUAGAAGUGUUAGAGGGCUUAGUGUUGUAGCCUUUGAGCUUGAAGUAGUUGGUUAUACCAUUGCUUUGGCAUAUUGCCUUCAUAAAGGACUACCCUUUUCAGCUUUUGGAGAGUUGGCAUUUCUUUUGAUCCAAGCACUAAUUUUAGUUGCUAUAAUCUACUACUUUUCACAACCUGUGGGUAUCUCAACAUGGAUCAGGGCAUUACUAUAUUGUGCUGUAGCACCAACAGUCUUAGCUGGUCAAAUUGAUCCCAUUCUUUUUGAAGCUCUAUAUGCAUCCCAGCAUGCAAUAUUUUUCCUUGCCAGGGUCCCUCAGAUAUGGAAGAACUUUUCUAAUAAAAGCACUGGGGAGCUCAGCUUCUUAACAUGCUUAAUGAAUUCUGGUGGCUCCCUUGUGAGAGUAUUUACCAGCAUCCAGGAAAAAGCACCAACGAGUGUUAUUCUGGGCUCUGUACUUGGUAUCCUGACAAAUGGCACAAUCCUGAGUCAAAUUAUUAUAUAUCAAAAGCCACAAGUUCAGAAGGAGAAGAAAGUGAAGUAAAAGGAUAGCAUGUUGUAGCCAAGACUAUGGUUCAGUAAAAGGUUGAGAUGGUGCAGUUGGUAGGUAAACAAAGUGUUUCAAGGAGAAGCAAAGUAUCCCUCUUGGUGUGAUCAUUGGAUGUAUUGAAGUUUCAAUUGAUGUUACCAACGCUAUGAAUUUGAUAGUCUUCAAGAUGCACUUGAGAAUUUAGUGAAAUCAAUUUGCACACCCUUUUCUCUCUUA